AUGGCGGGGCGCGCGGCGGCCGGUAAAGUUGUUAGGCUUUUGGACAAACACGCCUUUUCUCUUCUGCGGAUGACUAAAGGAACGCGUUGGCCGAUCAACAGAAGGCUGUGCAGUAAACCUCAGGAAGGUGCAGCUCCAAAGACAAGCAGUGGGACUUCGAAUCCCUCCUUCAGAUUGCCUGGACACAAGCCCUCUGAAUGGGACAAGAGGUUUUUGCUAUGGACGGGCCGUUACAAGAAAGCAGAAGACAUACCAGAAACCAUGUCGUUCGAAAUCAUCGACGCCGCAAGGAACAAGAUGCGUGUGAGGAUGGGCUACGUGAUGAUCGUGUUGACCAUCGUGGGCUGCAUAGUCAUGGUCAUUUCAGGAAAACAGGCUGUUGCAAGACACGAAUCCCUGACGAGCCAGAACUUGGAGAAGAAAGCUCGCUGGAGACAAGAGGCCGAGAGCGCAGCGGCAAAGCCCUAACCAAGAAUGCUGGGGCAUAACCUGCUG